UGGGGUGCAGUCACGUGUGUUACUUUUGACCAGGAUAGGAGCACUGGGCAGCAGAAGUUCUGCUCGCACCUCCACAAAGGCACCUCAGACGAGUGGAGUCUGGCCUCUUCCUCCACGGUCAUACAAGUACACACUGAACGGGGGUUUCUCUAACGCACGGACAGGAUUGUUAGUUUACAACCUAAAGCUCAAGGGACAUAACUUCUAAUAUAAGGGGUUAGAGGGAUAAGAGUAAAAGAUGGCGACUACUGUUGAGACACAGGUGCAGUAUAACAACACCUACAUGAUGACUACGGAAGAGUACAUGAUUCAGGAGGACAGCUGGGACAGGGACCUUCUGCUGGACCCUGCCUGGGAGAAACAGCAGAGGAAGACGUUCACAGCGUGGUGUAACUCUCAUCUGCGUAAAGCAGGAACUCAGAUCGAGAACAUUGAAGAGGAUUUCAGGAAUGGCCUCAAACUCAUGCUGCUGCUCGAGGUCAUCUCAGGCGAGAGACUUCCCAAGCCUGACAAAGGAAAGAUGCGUUUCCACAAGAUCGCCAACGUCAACAAGGCUCUGGAUUACAUCUGUAGCAAAGGAGUCAAACUGGUGUCCAUCGGGGCUGAAGAGAUUGUUGAUGGAAACGUGAAAAUGACUCUUGGAAUGAUCUGGACCAUCAUUCUGCGUUUCGCUAUCCAGGACAUCUCAGUGGAGGAGACAUCUGCUAAAGAGGGUCUUCUGCUGUGGUGUCAGAGGAAGACCGCCCCCUACAGGAACGUCAACGUACAGAACUUCCACAUCAGCUGGAAGGACGGCCUCGCUCUGUGCGCUCUCAUCCACAGACACAGACCAGACCUCAUCGACUACUCUAAACUCAGAAAGGACGACCCUAUUGGAAACCUGAACACUGCGUUUGAGGUGGCAGAGAAAUACCUGGACAUCCCGAAGAUGCUGGACGCUGAAGACAUCGUUAACACCCCUAAACCUGACGAGAAAGCCAUCAUGACCUACGUGUCCUGCUUUUACCAUGCUUUCGCCGGUGCCGAACAGGCCGAGACGGCUGCUAACAGAAUCUGCAAGGUUCUGGCUGUGAACCAGGAGAACGAAAGGCUGAUGGAGGAGUAUGAGAAACUGGCCAGUGAGUUGUUGGAGUGGAUCCGUCGUACCAUCCCGUGGCUGGAGAACCGCGUGGCGGAGCAGACCAUGCGAGCCAUGCAGCAGAAGCUGGAGGAUUUCCGGGACUACAGGCGCGUCCACAAGCCUCCACGCGUUCAGGAGAAAUGCCAGCUGGAGAUCAACUUCAACACCCUGCAGACGAAGCUGCGCUUGAGCAACCGCCCGGCCUUCAUGCCCUCCGAGGGGAAGAUGGUGUCGGACAUUGCUAAUGCAUGGAAAGGUCUGGAGCAAGUGGAGAAGGGCUAUGAGGAAUGGCUCCUCACUGAGAUCCGUCGUCUGGAGAGACUCGAUCAUCUGGCCGAGAAGUUCAAGCAGAAAUGCUCCCUGCACGAGUCCUGGACCGGAGGGAAGGAGCACCUGCUGUCUCAGAAGGACUACGAGACGGCCUCUCUGAUGGAGAUCCGGGCCCUCAUGAGGAAGCACGAGGCGUUCGAGAGCGACCUGGCCGCCCACCAGGACAGAGUGGAGCAGAUUGCAGCCAUCGCUCAAGAGCUGAAUGAGUUGGACUAUCAUGAUGCCACUUCAGUCAACGCCCGCUGCCAGGGCAUCUGCGACCAGUGGGACAACUUGGGAACCCUCACCCAGAAGAGAAGAGACUCUCUAGAGCGUGUAGAAAAACUGUGGGAAACAAUUGAUCAGCUGUACCUGGAGUUCGCCAAGAGGGCGGCGCCGUUCAACAACUGGAUGGAUGGAGCGAUGGAGGAUCUGCAGGACAUGUUCAUUGUGCACAGCAUUGAGGAGAUCCAGAGUCUGAUCACAGCUCACGACCAGUUCAAGGCCACCAUACCAGAAGCCGACAAGGAGCGCAUUGCCAUCAUGGGCAUCCAGAACGAAAUCACGAAGAUCGCUCAGACCUACGGCAUCAAGCUGGUCGGAGUCAAUCCAUACACGGUCCUCAGCCCACAGGACAUCAGCAACAAAUGGGAUGCUGUGAGGCAGCUGGUUCCCCACAGAGACCAGAUGCUCCAGGAGGAGGUCGCAAGACAACAGGCUAACGAGAGACUGAGGCGCUCGUUCGCCGCUCAGGCCAACAUCAUCGGACCCUGGAUUCAGACCAAGAUGGAGGAGAUUGGUCAGGUGUCGGUGGAUAUCUCCGGCUCUCUGGAGGAACAGAUGAAUAAUCUGAAGCAGUACGAGCAAAACAUCAUUAACUACAAAUCCAACAUUGACAAACUGGAGGGAGAUCACCAGCUCAUUCAGGAGGCCCUCGUCUUCGACAACAAACACACCAACUACACCAUGGAGCAUGUCCGUGUGGGAUGGGAGCAGCUGCUCACCACCAUCGCUCGCACCAUCAACGAGGUGGAGAACCAGAUCCUGACCCGCGACGCCAAGGGCAUCAGCCAGGAGCAGCUCAACGAGUUCAGAGCCUCCUUCAACCACUUCGACAGGAAGAGAAACGGCAUGAUGGACCCCGACGAUUUCCGCGCAUGUCUGAUCUCUAUGGGUUACGAUCUGGGUGAGGUGGAGUUCGCCCGCAUCAUGACCCUGGUGGACCCCAACAACACGGGCGUGGUCACCUUCCAGGCCUUCAUCGACUUCAUGACGCGCGAGACCGCUGAAACCGACACUGCUGAACAGGUCGUGGCCUCCUUCAAGAUCCUGGCCUCCGACAAGCCCUUCAUCACUGUGGAAGAGCUUCGUCGUGAACUGCCCCCCGAGCAAGCCGAGUAUUGCAUCAGCCGCAUGACCAAGUACAUCGGCCCCGAAGGGUCCUCUGGAGCCCUGGAUUACAUCUCCUUCUCCAGCGCCCUCUACGGAGAGAGCGAUUUAUAAACGUCUUUCAUUUUCUCCUUCUUUCUCUCUCCUCUCGUUUUCUCCAAAAGCCCCCAAAUGUAGCUUUCAAUCUGAGAGAGAGUUAAUAAUAUCCCUCGUUUCCCCCUCAUAAAUAUUCUGUUUUUCUGUCUACAUUGCUAGCUUUAACAUCGUACUGUGUGUCUUACAUCCACCCUAUAAACGGAGGGAUGAUGUGCAACGGGGGUUUUAAUCUCAAAUUAUGUCCAAUUUGGAUGGCAGACGCUUGUGUCUCCAUACGCAUCUGAUAUGAAGAGUCAACAUGGAAUCAAAACCGACCGUAUUCACGUUCCUGAUGGUCUUACGCUACGCAAAUAAUGUCUUCAUAAUCUUUCACUGAAAUAUAAUAACUUGCUCCGCCUCUGAAACGACUUUCUGUUACAGAUGGUGUCAUCUAGGCCGGGAAUGAUUCGACAAAUAGCCAUUUUUAGGUUUGUAGGUUAUUGUCUCACUAAAAAUCUUGCCAAUAGUCAAUGCACACACAUUCAGAUCUGGAUUUAUUCUGGAUAUGAAACACUUUUCACCAACCAAAUGGAUAAAAAAUAAGUCCCGCCCAACAUUAUAAAGGUUAAAUGGGUUGUGAAUGCGUUUCAUGUUGACUUUAGCACUAAGCCUUAUUUUUUUCUCUCUGUGCCUAAAAAAAACCUUCCAACGUGAUAAAAGAUAUAUUAAAAAGUGUGUUUGUUGAUGCUAAUAAGCGCUUGUGAAGAUGCAUGCUGCGUUUAUUCUACUGGCAUUAAUAUGCGAGAGAGACCCCCCUCUUGUUUGGUCUGUACUGUAUUUUUAGACCCCAAAAAGCACUACUAGUGUCCAGUGUCUUCUUAAUAUGAAACUGUGAGAACAACUGAUUCGUCUCCACACAGAACGAUGUGUGUCUGUAUGUUGUGUUGUCAUGUGUCACCCCUUUAAUAUUGUUUAUGAUGUACGUCUUUCAAAGCAAAUUCAUGAUUUGUUUUUCUUUUAUUUGGAGCGGAUGUGCCAAAUUAUCAACCAAAGCCAGUAAAUGAAAUUAAAGAUGUUA